AUGUAUAAGGACUUGGCAGACAAACUCGGAGACGACAAAGGUAUAACCGAACAUCUGAAACUACCGAUACAGAGAAUCAACGACUACCAACUUCUACUUAAAGAACUAGUUAAAUACUCAAAACGCCUCGGCGAAGAUUGUACCGACCUUCAAAAAGCCCUAGAACUCUUCCUCGGAGUUCCGAACCGCGCUACCGACAACAAGUUCCUCGCUAGCAUCGAAGGGUACCGCGGGAACAUCUACAAGCUAGGCCGGCUACUCACCCACGACUGGUUCACAGUCACUGACGCGGAGGGCAAGUCCAGCGAGAGAUAUCUCUUCUUGUUCAAAGCCAGGAUCUUGGUCUGCAAAGUCAAGAGAGUGUCUGAAGACCGCUCUGUUUUUGUAUUGAAGGAUAUUAUCAGGCUCCCAGACGUCGAAGUUAACGACCUCCCCAGUGAACCAUUGAAGUUCGAGCUUCACCAAAAUAGUUCAGUGGUCACUCUCGCUGCGCACAAGGAGCACGUUAAAACAGCUUGGCUAUCUGAAAUCAGACAAUACGCCAGUGAUCUUGUUGCUCUAGCAGAACACGCAGCAGAUGAUCUUCAGGUUCUACCACCACCAGAAGUAAUUGAAGUUCAAGAGGAAAAAAAGAAAAAGAGGGAGUAUACAGAGGAAACACAAGUUGAAGUAGGACAGGAGAUUAAACGUACACGAGUUGAUGAAAUAGAAGUUGCACAAGUCGCGACUAGGGAGGAAUCUUUACAACAAUUAAAAGCUAAAAGAAAAGCGUCUCUUGAAGGUGCAAUAGCUAAAAAGAUUUCAAAAUCUGAAGUCGUUGAAGUUUCGUCAAUUAGUGAAGUUCGUGAAAGUGUUAGUACCGAAGUAAGAAGCAACGUCACAUCUGAUUUAGAAACUAAAUCGUCUGUGACUGUAGGAUCUUACGUUGCCGAGACAGGAUCUGUUACAUCACAGUCGGAAAGUCAGCAAACUGUUAAAGCGGCUACAACAUCUGAAGUAACAGUAGAACAACAGUCUGUGCAAUUAUCUCAACAAACACCAGUAGAAGCAAAGGAGUCAUUUCAGGUUUUAACUGCAGAAAGUAUUGUAGAAGCUAAGCAAGAAUUAUCCGCAGAAUACAAAAGUCAGGAAUCAGUAGGAGGUGUAUCUGUCACUGAACAGAAAACCGAAGAAAGCACCCAAAAGUCAGAAGUUGCUGUUGAACAAACAAAAACUACUGCACAAAGUUCGCAAGAGAUAACAUCUACAGAACAAAAAUCUGAAGAGCUUGUUAAAGAGACCACAAGACAGAAAUCACGGGUUGAAGAAAACACCCAACAAAAUCUUCAACAAACUUCGACUGUUGAACAACAAUCAGAAGAGUCAUCUCAGGCCGUCACAACAUCGUCAGAAACUCAACAAGUAACAGCUAUUGAACAAACAUCCGAAGUUAUAUCACAAAGUGCUAAAGCGUCUACGGAAAGUCAACAAGUAGUAUCUGUUGAAGGACAACCGCAAACUCCUGUUCAAGAGACAGAAGUUAAACUAAAAUCUGAAGAAGUAACUAAUCCUGGAACCCAAGACGAAAAAUUAACGUCCACAGAACUCGUCGCUCAACAAGUUGUAAAAACAACAACCGCUGAGGCAAUCGCGGAAAGUGUUCAGAGACAACAAUCAACACAAGAAAAAACUGAACAAGUUAAAACAUCAGUUGAAACUACACAAGCCAGUGCAGUAGAAACGACUACAGUUACUCAGGAAACAGUUGAAUUAACAUCAACUGUUCUUGACCAAACUGUUGAUCAGAAAAACGAAGCAGUUAAAGUAGCAGAGAGUGUUGUUGCAGAAAAAGUAGUAAGUUCCACUGGAAAAGCAGUCGCAGCAGAGGUUCAAUCAAACGAUCAAACUGUAACCGCUGAGGUAACUGGUGACGACGAGAUGUCGAGGUAUAGCCGCAGUUCGCGGGCAACCGGAGAAUACUCCAGCAGCAGUCGAAAACUCUCUAGUGGUGGUCGCUAUGAAUCAUCAUCAACUUAUGAUAGCACUGGAUUGAGUUCUUAUUCGCGACGCGAAAGCGGAUCGCGUCUAGAAAGUUCUAGAUAUGAAGCUGGUGCAUCUAUUGAAGGCGGCGCAUCUUCGCGCUAUGAAUCUAAGUACUCUAGCUCUUCUAAAAUCGAGGGAGGAUCUAAAUAUGGAAUAGAGUCAAGCUAUGAGAGCAGUAAGGUCGAAGGCUCUAAAUAUGGCCUAGAAUACGAUACAGGAAGUAAACGCGACAGUAUCACCUCCAAGUAUGGAAGAGAAACUGAAACUACCAGCAAACUUGACUCUAUCGCGUCGAAGUACGGAAUCGAAUCUGAUUCCACUAGCAAAAUUGAUAGCAUUGCAUCUAAAUACGGCAUCGAAACCGAAACCACCAGCAAAAUUGAUAGCAUCGCAUCUAAAUAUGGCAUAGAAACCGAAACUACCAGCAAAAUCGAUAGCAUCGCGUCAAAAUAUGGUAAAGAGUCGAAAUACGAGGCUGAGGGUCGCUCUUCAAAAUACAGCAUCGAAGCCAGCUAUGAUGGCGACAAGGUCGAAGGAGUUGCAUCUGCAGUAGAAUCUAGGUAUCAAAGUAAGAAUGGCGCCACGUCAACUGAGACCCAGUACGCCAAGUCAGCAAUCUCCAACGGCUCGAUCAGCACCGGGGAAUACGAGAGGACGUUCUCUCACACCGUGUCGCAGGAUGGCAAGCCGGUGUUCUCCAAGACACUGGAAGGCCAGAACAUCGAGCUGACCCCUGAAGAAAGAAAGGAAAGGAACGCUCUAAACGCGCCAUACUUCUUAGUAGCGCUAAAAGAUACUGAAAUAAUGGAAAAUACCUACUUACGUUUCAUGGUAAAAGUGAAGGGUACGCCUAAUCCUGAAGUCAAGUUCUUUCGCGACGGUAAAGAGAUCGUGACCACCUCGGACACGGACCGCAUCUCCAUCAUCAGGACCCGCGCGGACAAGGGCUGCUACGAGCUGGUGAUCGCGGACGUGGUGCCCGCCGACGCCGGCAAGUACUCCUGCCGCGCCAUCAACAUCUACGGCGACGUCACUUCAGAAGCCACUGUCUCUGUUGUUGAUGACAAGAACAUUUUCGGAGAGCUUCUCCCAGGAGGUGAGGGCUUGUUGGCUAAAGGCGAGAAACCAACCUUCACCUGGAAACGGGAUGGAGAACCUUUCGACCCUGAAGACAGAUUUAAGGUAUUGCUCGGUGAUGACGAGGACUCCUUGGCGCUGGUGUUCCAGCACGUGAAACCUGAAGACGCUGGACUGUAUACGUGCGUCGCCAAGACUAGCACCGGCAACAUCUCGUGCUCCGCUGAGCUUACUGUGCAAGGUGCUGUCCAUGAGCUCCACCGCGAGCCAGAGAAGCCGACGCUGGUGAUCGAACACCGUGAAGCUAUCGUGGCCAUGGGCGGGUCCGCCAUGCUGGAACUGCAGUGCAAGGGCUACCCUAAGCCCAACAUCGUGUUCAAACACGAUGGGAAAGUCGUUGAGCCUGAUACCAGGCAUAAGUUCUUGUACGAGGACGAGGAGAGCCUGUCGCUGGUUAUAAAGAACGUGACGUCAGCAGACGCUGGCGAGUACCACGUAACCGCCUCCAACGACCUUGGCGAGGACACCAGCACGCUGCACCUGGUCAUCAAACAACCACCAAAGAUCAAGAAGAAGAUUGAGAACCAGAGUUGUAUGGUGAGCUCCACCCAUACAGUGACCGUUGAAGUGGAAGGCACCCCCUCCCCUGACGUCACUUUCUACAAAGACGGCGUCGAAAUCAAGAGCUCCGAACGGAUACUCAUCGUUAAGGAAUCCGAGGAGAUAUACAAGAUAACAAUCAAGGAUGCCAAGCUUACGGACUCCGGAUCUUAUUCUGUGGUCGCUAAGUAA